AGACUCGGAAGUAACACGAGUUCCUCCCAGAAUCCUUUGCUCUUCCUUUUCCCGGCGGUAGUGGCCGAUCUGAGGUAACCUCUUAAAAUGGUCCGCUACUCGCUUGAUCCAGAGAACCCCACAAAAUCAUGCAAGUCAAGGGGUUCCAACCUUCGUGUCCACUUCAAGAACACACGUGAGACUGCCCAAGCUAUCAAGGGUAUGCACAUCCGGAAAGCCACCAAAUAUUUGAAGGAUGUGACCCUUAAGAAGCAGUGUGUUCCCUUCCGUCGUUACAAUGGUGGGGUUGGCAGGUGUGCUCAGGCUAAGCAGUGGGGCUGGACACAGGGGCGCUGGCCAAAAAAGAGUGCUGAGUUCCUUCUGCACAUGCUCAAAAAUGCUGAGAGCAAUGCUGAGCUCAAGGGUCUGGAUGUAGAUUCUCUGGUAAUUGAGCACAUUCAGGUUAACAAAGCCCCCAAAAUGCGCAGGCGAACCUACAGAGCUCAUGGUCGCAUCAACCCCUAUAUGAGUUCUCCCUGCCACAUUGAGAUGAUUCUCACAGAGAAGGAACAGAUUGUACCUAAGCCAGAAGAGGAAGUUGCUCAAAAGAAGAAGAUAUCUCAAAAGAAACUGAAGAAGCAGAAACUGAUGGCUCGGGAAUAAACAUCUAUUUGGUUCAUAAAUAAACAUAAAAAUUGGAGUUAA